AUGGGCUCAUCUGCCAAUAUUCUGUUGCCCAACACAAACGUGCCCAGGAUGGAGAAAUCGCCGCUUUUGGCCAAUGGCUACAAUCACCCCCCGACGCAUUUAAGCCACAUGCAAUUUAUGCAGCUGGGGGGACACCCAGCCGCGGGCCACACGGCCAUCCUAUCCCCAGCUAGCAUACCCCACCACCUUCAGGCCCAGGCGAGGGCGGAACAGGGCCUUAAGGUGAACCCCAACAUGACAAACAUGGAGGCGAUCGCGAGGUCGACGGGGAUUUGGGAGAACUGCCGAGCGGCGUACGAGGACAUCGUGAAACAUCUGGAAAGGCUCAGGGAGGAGAGGACCGACACGGAGAGGGCGCUGGCGUUGGACCACAAACCACGGGACCUCAGCUCUCACAACGGGUCCUCCAAUGGUCACAGUCCGGUCCUGAACCUGUCUAAGACAGCGGGGAGCGGAAGCGUAGGGGAGCACUCCGGAAGCGAGGCAGAAGCGUCGCAUCGCUCGCAGGAUGAGGACGAAGAGGACGACAACCUCUCCGAGGACCUCGAGGACGACAACGAGAAGGACGAAGAUCUCUCGGACGUGCCAGAAAAUCUGCCCUUGCCAGCCCCGGGCUCCGAGAGUCCCCAGGCCCUGAACUAUUCCCAGAUCGCCACCGCAGCGGUAGCCGUGUCCCAGGGGUCCCAGGACCCCUCGGUGUCCAGCACGGAGACCCUCCUCAGGAACAUCCAGGGCCUCCUCAAGGUAGCUGCUGACAACGCGAGGCAGCAGGAACGACAGAUCAACUACGAGAAAGCCGAACUGAAGAUGAACGUCCUGCGGGAGCGGGAGGUGAAGGACAGCCUGGAGAGGCAGCUGCAGGACGAGCAGAAGUUGCGAGUGACCUGCCAGAAGCGACUGAGGAGGGAGCGACAGGCGAGGAAGCAACUUCAGGAGCAGCUCGAUCUCGAGAUCAAGAGCCGUACCCAGCUGGAGGAGGCGCUCAAGGCGACGGGGGCGUCCAUCGAGCAAGUCAGGGCGAUCACGGAGAGCGUCGCAGCCGAGGCGCGCACCAGCGCGGACCAGGCCGAAGAGAGCAGCGUGCACUCGCAGUCGCAGCAGCCGCAGCAACAGUCGUCUCAGCAGCAGACGAGCCAGCAACCCCUGCAGCAGCAGGCCCAGCAAUACAGGGAGGCGCAAGUGGCGCGUCCACCCCAGCAGCCGCCGACGCCCGAAAAGCCCGGCUGGGGCUACAGCGGCCUCGACCUUAUGAGCAGCCAGGCUUCCGCUUUCUGGCAGAACUACCAAGAAUCGCUGGCCCAGGAGCUGGAGCUGGAGCGAAAGACGCGGCAGCAUCAGGCGGCCGAGAGGGACCAGGUCAAAUCGCCGCUCCAAGAGUCGCGGGCGGGUUACUACAAGAACUCAGUGCUGUUUACGAGUGCGACCUAGAAGAGGGCCGAGGACGCGCGAUAAGAG